AAGGCGCACUCGACGUCAAAAUGUUGACUCGGCAAUCUUUGCUUUCAUCGGCCCUGCUGCUGUUUUGUCUGCUCGUUCGCACCGCGGCCGCAACUCCAAUUCCAGACUCUGGCGGUUCGUCUUCGUCAAAUGCUUCGUUGGAGGUGUGUUUGCGGGGUCCGAUGAAGGAGGGGGCCCUGAUCGAGUGCGACGCGUACCUGCCCAUGUACACGUUCAGGGCGGCGAGCGGCGAGUGCGAGGGAUUCAUUUACGGCGGCUGCGGCGGAUCCGAAAACCUUUUUGCGACGCGCGCCGAGUGCGAACACGCCUGCCGACACCUCGUCAGGGAAAGACGCGGCUUGGAUUGCGGGCAGCCGACCGAAAAGGGCCGCUGCUUGGCCGCCCUCCACAGAUUCGCCUACAACCCGACAAGCCGCGACUGCGACGAGUUUGUGUACGGCGGGUGCGGCGGUAACGCCAACAACUUCCGCACCAGGACCGAGUGCCUGAAGAAGUGCGACCCCGAAGUGGCCAAGUUCAAGGACGGCGACGUCGUUCCUCCCUUGGACGCCCAAAUCGUCGUCGAAGCCGUAGAUUAAUUUCCAAAAUGGAAUUUCCUUCCGAAGAGUACAAAAAUUGUUAAUAAAGAGUUUUUUUCCAUUAGAAAAUUGAGCAGAUCAUUCCCAAUCCAGCAACCUUUUGGCAGGGUAAUGUAAAUUUUCGUACCUUGUUAACCUUGCCAAGAGGUUUUCUAAAAUUUAUAAUUUUCCCAAAAAUAUCUAAUUAUACGGGACUUAAUUCAAAUUUAAUUUUUUUAAAUUUUCAAUCGGCCAUAACUCGGCCUCCUGUUGUCGUAGAACAAAAAUCCAGGUAUGGCUGAAUUUGUCUCGUCACCCUCUACAACUUUGCUGUUGAAAGCAAAAUGGUAGGUCAACGUUCGAGGUCACUUCCGGUGACCUCGCGACUUUGACCUCAAAAUUUAAGGUUGUCCGCCAAUUUUAUUUUGAUUCUGAGAUAGCCAUUUUGUAGAACAUGAAAUUUUACGCUAUAUUUGUACAUAAAUCAGAUGAUGUUUUACGUUUUUAAAUUAAUAAAAAAAUAAAAAGAGCGAAAAAUG